UGGUUGCUCCCUCCAUUUCUCUCUGACGUGGACUGCUGGCGGUGGUCCUCCGUCCUUCCACUUGUCGGGUCGUAACUUGCUGGUUUGCAAUCCAUAUAUCUUUUUAAUGAACGAGUUGGUUCCCUUAACCAACGAGUUGGCCACGUCAAGAACAUUUGAAUGAUUUGGCCACGUGUCAUGUUUAGACUUGCCGGUCGGCGCUGGUGACAGUAAAAACUGGGACAGAAAUCUUUGCCUCUCCUGUCCUCUCUCUCCUGUCCUCUCCUCUCCUCUCCUCUCCUCUCUCCUCUCCUCUCCUCUCACGGAGCGAUUGCCGCCGCAACGCCCGUAAUCACAUCUCAGCCGUUGAUCGCCAUCGCUGUGCGGAAGCUUCCUCCUCGGGAAUGCCGAAGCCUCGCGCUUCGUCAGCUCCAGUCCACUGUAGCCGAGCGGAGCCUGCGGGGUAGACUACAUCAGCGUGCCCCUCUCACGUCUCUCUUUCUCUUUGUGGCUCUCUUUGUCUCUCUGUUCUCUCUCUCUCUCUCUGUGUCUCUCUCUUGGGCCCGCUGUCUCUGUCUUUCACGAUUCGUGUGUUCAGGUGGGCGAUCGUGUAUCCGCAUAUCAGUCGGGGUCUCGGUGGCCGGUGAACCUGCGCAGUCCGGAUCGCGCUGACCACUCAAGCUAUCUACCGGUGAGCCGUGCCGUUGAUCGGUAAUGAUGGAUCAUCCGGAGGAGAAGGUGAUUCUCAAGCCGCGAAACGACAAACGUGAUUACAGAUGGAUCCAGCUGCCCAAUGAAAUGCAGGUCCUGCUAAUCAGUGACGUGGACACCGACAAGGCGGCUGCAUCGAUGGAUGUCAAUGUGGGAUAUUUCUGCGAUCCCGAUGAUCUUCCGGGGCUUGCACACUUUUUGGAGCAUAUGCUGUUUUACUCCAGUGAAAAGUAUCCGAAGGAGGACAGCUACUCAAAGUUCAUCGGGGAGCAUGGAGGUCGGUCGAAUGCGUACACAACGGCAGAGCAUACUAACUUUCAAUUUGACAUCAACUAUGAUCAUCUAGAAGAAGCGCUCGACAGAUUUGCGCAGUUUUUCCUAUGCCCUUUAUUUUCAGCUGACGCAACAUCACGGGAAAUAAAGUCUGUCGACUCCGAGAACAGCAAGAACCUGACGUCUGAUCUCUGGCGCUUAAACCAGCUCCAAAAACACAUCAGUUCGAGGAAGCAUCCCUAUCACAAAUUCGGAACGGGGAACUUGAAAACCCUGAAGACGGAUCCGGAGUCUGCGGGGGUCGAUGUCAGGCAGCGAAUGAUUGAUUUCUACAACGACCAUUACUCCGCGAACCUCAUGCGGCUGGUUGUUUAUGGCAGAGAGCCUUUGGAUGUUCUGCAGAACAUUGUGACUGAAAAGUUCUCAGGUGUAAGGAAUACAGUGCGGAGAGUACCUGAGUUUCCCGGGCAACCGUGUGAAGAAGACCACCUUAAGAUCAUAAUUAAAGCUGUUCCGGUGACGGAGGGACACUCUCUUGAGCUUUCUUGGACUUCGGUCCCUGAGUUUCGCCAUUACAAGGCUGCACCGAGCCGAUACAUCAGUCAUCUGCUGGGGCAUGAAGGUGAUGGAAGCCUAUUUGCGCUGUUAAAAAGUCUAGAGAAAAUGGAGGAGGUUGUUGGUCUUAUUUGGCAAUACAUCCGGAUCCUUCAGAAGCAAGGCGUGGAGGAGUGGAUAUUUGAGGAGGAGCGGGCAGUUUGUGAGACGAAGUUUCACUUCCGAGACAUGAUUCAACCGUUCCAGUAUGUCACAAUGCUGUCGGCAAAUUUGCAGAUUUACCCGCCGGAGGAUUGCAUAGCGGGACCGCUUCUCCCGCGGUAUUUUGAUCGGGAUCUCAUCAAUGAAACUCUGGCAAGGCUCACGGUUGACAAUGUGAGGAUGAUGUGGUGUUCAAAGGACUUUGAGGGGCAGACGACCGCGAUCGAGCCGUGGUAUGGCACCGGCUAUUCGAUUGUAAAAGUCAGCGACGAGACUGUGGAGAGGUGGACCAGCGGCCCUGUGACCUCGGAACUCCAUCUCCCAGCUCCUAAUUUGUUUAUUCCGACCGAUUUUUCACUCAAGGAACCAUUUCCAGAGACAAAAUAUCCGGUGCUGUGCCGCGAGAGUGGGUUUUCAAGGCUUUGGUACAAGCCAGAUGCGGUGUUCCGCACCCCCAAGGCCUAUGUCUGCAUCGAUUUCAUGUGCCCGGAAUCGUACACGUCACCAGAGAACAGUAUUCUCACGAGAAUUUUCACCAAGCUCUUAAUUGAUUACCUGAAUGAGUACGCGUAUUACGCGGAGGUGGCUGGGCUUGCCUACAGCGUGGAGCAUUCUGUUAGCGGGUUUUUGGUAACGGUGACGGGCUACAACCACAAGCUCCUGGCGCUUCUGGAGAUGAUCAUUGAGAAGAUAACUAACUUCCAAGUGAACAAGGAGAGAUUUGAUAUUCUCAAGGAGAAAGUGAACAAGGAUUUUCAGAACUUCAAGUACGAGCAACCUUAUCAGCAUGCCUUGUACACAGCUUCGGUUAUACUUGAGCACAAGCGCUGGCAUAUGCAUGAAUACCUUGCAGUCAUUCCAGACUUGGAGGCGGAGGAUCUAUGUGCCCUUUUCCCGAAGCUCCUUUCGCGCAUGUUCCUAGAGUGCUUUGUUACAGGCAAUCUAUCCGUCUCCGAGGCAGAGUCGCUAGUCGAGAGAGUGGAGAAGUUGAUGGCGACAAAGCCCAAACUGAAAUUGAGGGCUCUUUUCCCAUCCCAGCACCUGGAAAGGCGUAUAAUCAAGCUAGAUGCGGGGAGCGCUUUCUCCUACUCCAUGCCCUGCUCAAAUCCAUCGAACGAGAACUCUGCAUUGCAGUUUUACUUGCAGGUUGGACAGGACAAAUGUCGGCUGAAUGUUCUUGGGCAGCUCUUCGUUCAGACAGCAAAGCGUGAUGCAUAUUACCAGCUUCGAUCCAUCGAGCAGCUGGGCUACAUUGUGUUCCUCCUGCCAAGGAAUGACUUUGGCGUUACUGGAAUGCAACUCGUGCUCCAAUCAAAUCUCAAGGAUGCGGCUACGCUGGAAAUGCGAGUGGAAGCAUUCCUUUCCAGUUUUGGAAAGAAACUCCUCGACAUGCCGGAAAAGGAAUUUCAGGAUCAUGUCGAUGCGUUGAUUGCGAUAAAGUUGGAGAGGCAUAAGAACUUGUCAGAGGAGGCUUCGUAUCAUUGGCGAGAGAUAGACUACGGGACUUUCCAAUUCGAUCGCAGGGAUCGUGAGGUUGCUGCCCUGAGGGAAGUCAAGAAAGCUGAUUUACUGGAUUUUUACGCCAGCUACGUUGCGCCAGGUGGCAGUCAGCGUCGCAAGUUGAGCAUCCGCGUAAACAGCAUUUUGGCCGCCAAGAAGCAAUCCGCGGACCGAUCGCCGUCGCCGUUGUCGAAUGGGGGCGGUGCGGCAAUUGCGGUAGUUUCUGCAGAGGAGGGCCCAGCCUCCGCGGUGCCAAAUGGUGGUCUCGUCGGAACCUCGCCAGCUGGAACUCUAGCGACAGACGACGCCGGCGCUGUAUCUUCGGCGACCAACGGGAGCAUAGAGGAGGAGGAGGAGGAGGAGGAGGAGGGAAGCUACGAAGGGCGGCAGUCGAUGAGCAGGGGUGGUGGUGAUGAGCAAGGGAAUCCGGAUCCGCCGUCGGUUUCUGACGACAGCGACCUUGCAUGUCAAUUGCGUCCGAUUGAUGAUAGGUUGAUGGGUCAUGACGGAAAGACCACGCCGAGCGGGACGACGAGUUAUGAAGAGACACAUCCGAUCUCCAAUAUCUACAGCUGGAAGCGAUCGCAGCAGCUGUACGAGUCGCUCAAAGGCCGGCACCCUGAGCAAGCAGUUUUGAGCAUGUAAUUAAUAAUCGGGGGGCCUUAUAACUCGCCUGAAAAGCUGAAAAUAGGAAUACUCCGAAACAGGAAUUACGUGGUCAAAAUUGUUUUGAAAAAACUGGAAAGUACUCCGAAAUUUUAAUUUUGUAUUUUACUAUUUUUAAAUAUGAAAUUUUAAAUUUUAAAUUUUAAAAUUUUGAACAGUCAGGUCUGUGAUUGGGGAACGAAACGCUUUCUGAAGUUGUGAUAGGUUCUCGCCAUAGGAGUAGUAGGAGCGAAAGCGCAACUGGAAAAGUGCCGUGACAGCAGCCACAGUUCUCUCUAUAAGGAAUUCUUGGUGAGCCGCCAUGAGCGUUCUUUUUGACAGUUUUGAAUUUUGAAUGUCGGAAUUUUCCCUUCUUUUUUUUUUUUUCGGGGUCAGAGUGCAUCAUAUCCUAAAUCAUUUCUUGGAGAAAAAAUAUUUGCAAUUCUCGCAAUUAGUAUUCGGGAUAAUUCAGCCUAAUUCAGAAUCAGACCCACUCACACAGUUUAGGAGGAAGGAGGAGGUGUAUUCGCAGCCUCUUUGAGACACUGACAUUCACGUGGCUCCAAUUUUUUCUUUUUUUCUGUUUCCUAUUUCACAAUAGUCCUUUUCCACUACCUUGCAAGAUUUUUUUUUUUUUAACUUUUUUCAAAUUUUUUGAAAAAUUUUCCUAAUUUCUAGCGACGCAAUUUUCUCUGAAAUUUAUAGACUUUCGUGACUUCGUCACGGCAUCGGGGCCGUGUGACUUUUCUGUUAUUCUAUGCAGUGGACCGCACUAGUUAGCAAGCUGGAGAGAGAGAGAGAGAGAGAGAGAGAGAGAGAGAGGAUGGUAAUGUUGGCAGUUUUCAUCUCCGGUCUUGUUUAACUAGGUUUUGAAGUUUGUAUGCAAAAACCUGCUUCCUCACUAUUGAUGAAAAGUGUUGCCUAUUUGAGCGGACGAGCUGGAGUUACAUUCUUAAAAGGGACUCGUUCAAUGACUGGCUGCGGCAAAGCACGCGAUAACGGAAUGGAGGAUUUCAUAGUUUUCAUUUUAGUAGAUGAUUUUCAUUUAGAAGAUGACGUGUGUGCUGCUUAUGAUUAUGGUUGUGAACUUGUGAUGAUGAAGGUGAGGGUGGUUUCAGGUAAUAGUGGUAGGGGAGGGGCCAGUAGCGGGUGGAGAGCAGAAGAUAGAAACCAGAGGGCAAAGGAUGGAGGGUGGGAGAUGGAGGGGGCGGUGGAUGGACGAUGGAGGGCAGAGGAUGGACGAUGGAGGGCGGAGGAUGGAAGGUGGAAAAUGGAGGCGGAGAAGGAUAGACGAUGGAGGGUGGAGAAUGGAGGGUGGAAAAUGGAGGGGGAGGAGGAUGGACGAUGGAGGACAGGAUGGAGGAUGGAGGGUGGAAAAUGGAGAAGGGAGGAUAGAGGUGGGGGGGGAGGAUGGACGAUGGAGGGCAGAAGAUUGAGGAUGGAAAAUGGAGGAUAGGGCGGGGGGGGGAGGAUGGACGAUGGAGGGUGGAAAAUGGAGGAUGGUAGCUUCUGUUUCUUGCAUCUCAAGACCUCAAUGUUGUUGUUUUUUAAACUGACUAGGUGCUCUGCUUUGGCUCGGGAUUAAAAACAAUCA